AUGGAUAUUGAGGAAUUUUACUCACGGCUUUGCCGACUUAUCACCCACUGUCUUCCUCCAGAUUGCGAAUUUGUGGCAAGUUCUAUUACUCCAGAAAUUGAAAAAGACCUCUUGAUUUCUCUUUCCCAGGUGUUUGGACAAAUUAAGCAGUGGAUACUUGAGCUUGAAUCUGAUUCUGAUGAAGUCAGUGCAGAGGAAUCUGAACCAAAGGAUGCUAGCCAGUCUUGCUUUGCAUCUGGCUCUCAACCUCAUGAACAUCACUGUUUGGAAAACAUGGUUGCUUACUUGAUAUCUUUUAUUAGUAUUCAGAAGCCUCUCAUCCAACACUUGGCAGCAAAAAUCCUUGUAGCCAUUUCUGAGUUUUCCUCUUCAUGGGAAACUCACUGGGAGGAAUAUAUCCAAUUGCUAUGCUGCUGGUUGAAAUUUGCACUUCGGAAUCUUCUGUCAUCUUCAGUUUCUGAAGUAGAUUCUGAAGCUGAGGAUUCAGAAUUCAACUCAUUGAUCUCUGUUUUACCACGGACGACGAGAUUGCAAAACCUGAACUAUGUAACUGCUGCUUCUAUUCUUCGUGUUCUGCGUGAUGUUUUGAAACUUUUGAGAUCGAAUGGGGAUGUUAAGCUCUUGGAAAUGUACCUGGAACUGAUUACUGAUACCUUUUCACAUUUGCCAUGGGAUUUGCUCAAUGAGGUUUAUGCAGAAUCAUAUUAUGACUCUUUAGCAGGCUCAGGGGGGCAUAAUUUGCUUCAGCAUGGUGCUGUUCAGUCAAAGGCACUAGCUAUAUUUCAUGGAAAUCUUGUUCAACUUUGUUGUUCUUUGGUUGAUGUGAGUGACCUGACUGAAGCGGAAGGCACUACUGUUGUCCCUCCUGUUAUUUCUCAAAUAAAAGAUGUGAUACCAAAACUUGUUCACUGCAUUACGAAGCCAGAAAAUUUGGGUGAUGCUCGCAUCUGUCAUUAUUUGAGACACAAGAUUUUGAUGCUGUUGAUUAGGCUUGUUGCACAAGAGCAUUUGGAGUGUUCAGAUAUCAUUUCGUGGUUGCAUAUUAUUGAAAGUUACUUUCAAGACCUACUUUUGCAGCCUCUGGAGAGAGUGAACGAGUACAAUCAGGACUCUCUAGAAGGUUCCCCUUUCUGGGCAGAUGAUUUUGAUGCUGAGAGAUAUAUUUCAUCUCGGCAUUUACAAAGGCUUGUUGUUUUCUUUCUUCUUAGGUGCUCCUUGAUUUUGGAGAACUUAAAAGAGAAAGCUGACAAGCAGCUCCCCAUAAUAAAUCCAGUCUCUUGCACUGCCUUAGACCUUCAUAUGCAAACAAAUUUUUUCAGAGAAAGUGAAGGGGUAUCAGUCUUCCAUAAGUGGCUAAUGAGGCAUCUCCCUACUGAUAUUUUUGUGGAUCAUAGAGAGUACCUGCAAGGAUGCACGGGCUUUGCGCAAUCCUUUUUGAAGCUAUUCAUGCAUGAGGACGAUUUACUAUUUGAAAUGCUUUUGCAACUCUUUUCAGUCCCACGCUGCACCGAGGGGAUUGACGUGGGAGAGACUUUGUCAUCAACAAAAAAGGACUUCAUAAUUGUUAUCUCAGACCUUCUGAACCCUGUACUCUUUUUUCAUUUGUUUCUUGCCGAGAUAGUGUAUGAUCAUCAAGUCCUUUUGGAUUACCUCAUCUCGAAGGAUACUGGAGCUAGAUCUGCAGAAUACCUUUUGAAGUGCCUGAGAAUCGUGUGCAACUCAUGGAAGCUGUUUGUGGAAUUUCCAGCCGUGGGAAAAUCUGCAAAUUCAUCACGUCGAAAGAGGCAAAAAUUUUUGGCAAAUGCCGUAGAAUUUCAGGAUGGUUUUGGCACCACAUUAUUGGAGGAUGAUUCAAAUUCCUCAUCUCCUGGGGUAGAAUGCAAAGAAGGUUGUGUGUUUGACAGAAAGAAUGAGAGAGUUAAGAGAAUAUCUUUUAUGGAUGCAAAGUGCUGCUUGCUUUCUCUGAAAACUUCUAUUAGCAGUCUAAAUCGGAAACAUCUUUUUCCUUAUAAUCCCGAAGUCCUUUUACGACGGGGUAAAGGAGAGGAUGGACAAAUAACGUUUCUCAAACGGGGGAAGGUGGGUUGGGGAGGGGGGGUUAGAUAUGCUACCUCUAGCUUGAAAUGGAUCUAG